AUGCAACGCCCCUGCCUCAUUCUACUCUUCUGCGCGGUCCUUCAAUGUGUCGGUGCCACGCUCGAUCUCGGCUAUGACCAGCUAGACAGCCUUGCUUUGAGAGACGAACGCUCACCACACCAAAAAACAUGUGUUGUCAAUGCUGGCGGAAGUAAUGAUACCGAUGACGCUCCAGCGGUUCGCAAAGCAUUCAAAAAGUGUGGCCAUGGUGGUAGGGUUGUCUUCAAGCCCACAACGUACUAUAUAAAUACAGUUUUGAAUGUCAGUGGGCUUGAAAACGUCGAUAUUGACAUCCUUGGAGAACUAUCGUGGGGGACAAACAUCACUUAUUGGCUUAACAACUCGCUGCCAGUCGGCUAUCAAAAUCAAUCAACUGCAUUUGUUCUAGGUGGGAACAACGUCCGUAUAAAUGGGUAUAAUCGAGGAACAUUCAACGGAAAUGGUGACGAAUGGUACAAAUUCAUUCGAUCACAACCCAACACCUCAAACUACCCCGGCCGGCCCCAUGCUAUCACCUUCAAUGGUUUGACCAACUCCGUAGUCCGCGGACUCAGAUUCCUCAGAAGCCAAAUGUGGACCAUGUCAAUUAUCCACUCCCAUUACGUUGAAUUUGAUGACAUAUUUAUUAACAAUACUGGAAAUAUCUAUCAGAGCUCCAAUACCGACGGUGCCGACACCAUCCGCUCGUCCCACAUCAAGAUGAACAACUGGACUGUGUAUAACGGCGAUGAUAGCAUUUCCUUGAAAGCAAACAGUACCGAUAUCACCAUCACAAACUCGCGCUUCUAUAAUGGUCUCGGUAUCGCAAUCGGCAGCAUUGGCCAAUAUUACGGCGAAACAGAGACGAUAGAGAGGUUCCACGGUAGCAACCUCGAAUUCAACAACACCCUGCACGCCUUUUACUUCAAGACGUGGACGGCAGAUCGUAAUGGCUAUCCCCCGAAUGGUGGUGGUGGUGGGAAAGGCUAUGCCGAAGAUCUAGUCAUGGAAAAUCUGAAAGCAACCGGUCUGCGCGGCGGUGCCGUUACAAUUUCUCAAUGCACCCGCUUCUCCGGCGCGCCUGGAUCGGGAAAUUGCACGAAUUCCGAGUUUCAAAUUCGCAACAUUUCUGUCGAUGGUCUGAUCGGUACAACGAAAGACUCCCGUGUUGCAAGCUUUCAGUGCAGCGCCGUUAAACCGUGUACUAACCUGGCGUUAUUCAAUAUUGACUUGAAGUUGGCCAGCGGCGUUGAGGCCGAUCGGUAUCUUUGCGGCAAUGUCGUUGACCCGCGAGGCUUCAACUGUACAGGCCCUCCUUGUGUAGGUGGUAGCGCCACUGGGGGGUGCUGA